AUGGGUUCUGACGAGACUCGGUGUUUUGGCGAUGAUGCCACCCGCAACCACACUGUUGUCGACAUCGAGGAGAGAGGAGACUCUUCGGACGAGUCGGGCUGGUCCGACAGCGAGUCUUGGGAUGCCACCAAGUUAUCGCCGAUGAGAAAACUGCACAUCAUCGUGGCCGGUUUCACAUGCACCUUCAAUGGCAACUUUGGAUCGUCGAUGCCUUCAGGCGCUCUUGAUGCCAUCGCCGAGCAGUUCAAUGUCACCAACCCCGUUCACCUCAUCCUCCUCAACUCUCUGUACAUGGUUGGAUAUGUCCUCGGUCCGCUGCUCUUUGGCCCCCUCAGCGAGUACAUCGGUCGCCGACCUGUCUUGAUCGGUACCUACCUGGGUUAUCUCGUCUUUAUGCUGGCAUCAUCCGGGGCUCCCAACUACGCGGCCCUCCUCAUCUUCCGUCUCCUUUGCGGAGUCAACGCAGCAGCUCCCACGACUGUUAUCGGCGGAUUGUACUCUGACAUUCUGGACAAUCCCUCGGUGCGAGGCAACGCUAUGGCCCUUUACAUGGGCAUCACCACCUUGGGUCCCUUGGUUGGUCCCAUUGUCUCGGGCUUCUCCUCCCCAAUCUCGUGGCGCUGGCCAUUCUGGAUCGCCGGCAUGAUGGCGGCUUCUGGACUGCCUCUCGUCCUAACACUCCCCGAGACGUACGCCCCGGUCCUUCAGAACAAGGCGGCACGCAAGCAACUCAAGAAGAACCGCAAGUCUGGCGAGGGGCAGGUUCCCGAGCUGAAGCCUUUCGAUGUUCGAAAGAUCUUCCUACGACCCAUGAAGCUUCUGUUCACGGAGCCCAUCCUUGCUUCCACUUCGGCAUACCUCACACUGGUGUACGCCGUCUUCUACCUCAUGUUCCAGGCGUAUCCCCGAGUCUUUCAAGGUUUCUACGAACUAUCUCCAGGAAUGGCUGGACUUGCAUUUAUACCUUUGGCUGUUGGAUCGAUCCUCUCUCUGGUGGUUUUCUACAUCUUUACUUUGUAUCAUGAUAGUCAAACCAAAGCCGGCGCGGAAUGGACCAAGAACCACAUCUAUCGCCGCCUGCCCCUUGCCUGCAUUGCUUCUCCCUGCAUGGUAAUCUCCCUGUUUUGGCUUGGUUGGACCGUCUGGCCCAGCGUGAACCCCAUUAUCCCAUCUCUGGGUGGCCUCUUUUUCGGUCUGGGCUUCCAGCUGCUGUUCAUGGGAAUGAUCAACUAUCUCACGGACGUCUUUCUUCAAUACUCGGCAUCUGCCCUGGCGGCAGCCAGUAUGACACGCUCCAUCGGCGCCAUCCUACUCCCGCUUGCCGCCGACAGCAUGUACGGCGACCUGGGCCUCCACUGGGCGCCCUCAGUGCUGGCCUUUAUCGCCCUCGCCAUGGGAGUCAUUCCAUUCGUCUUCAUCAGGUACGGCGAUCGCCUGGCGAGGAGCAGCAAGACGGCCAGGGCAGCCUUUGCCAUCCAGGACUAG